GACUAUCUCAUCCAGGUUGCCCGGACCGUGGGAGAGAGAAGGCGAGUCUGCGAAGCCGCCUUCGGCCGAUAUGCAACCCGCUGCGAUCAAGGCUGAGAAUGCCUUUCCAGCUGUUGCUGUCGCCGGGUCAUCUAGUCCAGUUCGGCCCAUUGGGGGAGCGAUCCCCCAUAGUGACCCAGUGAACCGCACUGCAGGCAUAGAAACGGAGACACUGGCUCAGAUGAGGCUGGAAAAGAUCAACCAGAGCGAAGCUCAUCUUCCACAUGCACAGGGAAUCGAUAAUUCACCGACGGCAAAAGAAACCACGCCUGAACCCAAACUCGAAGAUUUUCAAGACAAGGAGAAAGGAGAUGGAGAUGCGGCGAUGGCCUCAUCAGACGAAGGAGUAGCGUCAUCCGAAAAUGGGGAUAAGAAACAGUCGCCGGAUAAGCAUGACAAGAAGAAGAUGAAGAGGUUUCGACUGACUCAUAAUCAAACCCGCUUCUUAAUGAGCGAAUUCACCCGUCAAGCACACCCUGAUGCGGCCCACCGAGAGCGCUUGUCCAAAGAGAUUCCUGGCCUGACGCCCCGGCAAGUGCAGGUUUGGUUCCAAAACAGACGAGCAAAGCUCAAGCGGCUUACAAGCAACGACCGCGAGCGUAUCUUGAAGUCCAGAGCGUUGCCGGAUGACUUCGACACAACACAAGUACUACGGACGCCGUUCGAUCAUAGGACAACCUCAGAGGCACCUAUGCUGCUUACCGAUGGAAUCCCCCGGAAUGAUGACGAUUAUGUGAUCUCGCCUCUCAGCUCGGCCUCGACAACAAAUGGGUUUGCCCCAACCGGAUCGGACCGACAUUUUGAUAAUUACGCACAUUCAGCCGCCCUAGCGAACCGAGGUGCUCAUACCCCUCUCACGGAUAUGAGCAGACAUAACCGCGGCGCAUUCCCAUUCCCUAGAUCCAGCAGCUUCUCCGAGUCCUCGUUCCACAAUGGACUUCAUUACCCAGGACGGUUUUCGAGGCCCGGGCUUGAGCCGCUUGUUCAUCCGAGUAUGGCCUACGGUCGUCGCCCGAUGGAGUAUGGUAUCAGCCGACCUGCAAAUGGUAUGGUGGUAGGGUAUGAUCAUCAGCGUGCCAUCGAGGGCUCUGUAUCUCCGAUCGGACAGUCGGACCAACCAGCUCAUUACAGCGUUGAUGGCCACAACCAGCAAGCACACAACUAUCAUUCCUCAAUGGCCAUGCCAGCACCCAAGGGCUUUGGCAGCGUCGACAUGAAUGCACAUAUGCAACAACAACAGCAACAACAACAACAACAUGGGAGGCAGAUACCCUCCAUGCAAUCCAUCCCGAUCUCGGAGGCGCCCGAUUACCGACCCUAUUCAUAUGACCAUCAUCCAUAUAGCAUGAACACCGCCAUGCCAUAUAGCCAAGCCAACGCCUCUAGUAUGAGCCUUCCGGCAUCUUUUCCAUCGGAAACCAACAGUGUCUCCCAGGGACCUGUGGUCAGCACCGCGGAGGACCGAAUCAACAAUCCGCCACAACUGAUCGAUCCCCUGAGGGCAAAAAUCGGCACCCAAACCUUUGAAUACGCCAACUACCUCUGAUCCGAUCAUAUCGGGUCCGCGAGAAACAAACCCUCGUCCUUCACUCAACAUAUGCUGCGCUUUAAUCACUACGGAUUUUCAAACCUAUUUAAUUGGUCGUCUCCGACCGCUCACCUUAUCACUUCUUGAUUGCAUUGCACAUAUCGGCAUCCUGUUCGCCCCCCGGGAUAUAUACAUAUUGUUUGAUUUUAAUAAGUUUUUCGAACUUCUGGGCUUCGUUUUGUCACAAAAAAAAGAGUUUUAGGAAAAGGGAGG